UAAGCAAUUUCAAAGUUGGUUAACCCAACAAAACAAAACAAAACAAAAGAAGUCGCUCUCUUUCUCAUAAAAAUCUCGCCUUUUUGUCCAGAAACCCAUACGCAAACAUCCUCUACGUGUUCUCCUUUCACGAUUUUCUCGAAUUCUCUCGUGUUUUACCUUUUUAAAAAAUUUUGUUUUUAAACUCUUUUCGUACUUGUUCUUUCCGAACCAUUCUCGGUUAGACGGUUACUCAAAAGCCUAUUCAGUUCUGAGUGGUAAUAACAAACAUCUGAAAUAAAACCGUUUCUUUAAGUUUUUUUUUUUUUUUUGCAUCUGUUUCGGUUUCUUCUGUAAACUCUCUCUCUUGCUUGAUUCAUGGACUUGUCCACUUCCUGAGCCUAAAUCCACAAAAACCCACCAUGGAUAUCGAAUCAAGAAGUUAUCAGAACAUCGUCAAGAAGGAAUCAUGGAGAACAGUGUUGACAUUAGCGUACCAGAGCUUAGGCGUAGUAUACGGAGAUUUAAGCACUUCUCCUCUAUACGUCUACAAAAGCACAUUCGCCGAAGACAUUCACCACACCGAGUCCAACGACGAGAUCUUCGGCGUCUUGUCUUUCAUCUUCUGGACCAUCACUCUCGUCCCUCUCUUCAAAUACGUCUUCAUAGUCCUCAGAGCAGACGACAAUGGCGAAGGAGGCACCUUCGCUCUCUACUCGCUCCUCUGUCGACACGCGCGGGUCAACUCGCUCCCCAGUUGCCAGCUGGCGGACGAGCAGCUCAUCGAGUACAACGGAUCGUCGUCGGAGAUGACUGCUCAGUCGGAUUUCGCGGCGAGGUUGAAGUGUACGCUUGAGAAGCACAGAGUGUUGCAGAAGGUUUUGCUUGUGUUGGCUUUGAUUGGGACUUGUAUGGUCAUUGGUGACGGUGUUCUUACGCCUGCGAUUUCAGUUUUUUCUGCAGUGUCUGGUGUUGAGCUUUCAACGGCCAAGGAGCAUCACAAGUAUAUAGAAGUCCCUGCUGCUUGUAUAAUCCUGAUAGGUUUGUUUGCGCUUCAGCAUUAUGGCACGCACCGGGUCGGGUUCUUGUUUGCACCAGUUAUCCUCUUGUGGCUAAUGUGCAUUAGCGCCAUUGGUGUUUACAACAUUAUCCAUUGGAACCCGCAUGUGUAUCAAGCGCUCUCUCCUUAUUACAUGUACAAGUUCCUCAAGAAAACUCAAAGUAGAGGCUGGAUGUCUCUCGGUGGGAUCUUGCUCUGCAUUACAGGCUCUGAAGCUAUGUUUGCUGAUCUCGGUCACUUCUCUCAACUCUCAAUCCAGAUUGCUUUUACCUCACUUGUUUACCCAUCUUUGAUACUCGCCUACAUGGGGCAAGCAGCGUAUCUCUCUCAGCACCAUGCCAUCGCGAGCGAGUACAAUAUUGGGUUCUAUGUAUCUGUACCGGAGAAACUGAGAUGGCCUGUUCUUGUGAUCGCUAUACUCGCUGCUGUUGUUGGAAGUCAAGCUAUAAUCACUGGAACGUUCUCGAUCAUUAAGCAGUGCUCUGCUUUGGGGUGCUUCCCUAAAGUGAAGAUUGUUCAUACGUCGUCCAAGAUCCACGGUCAGAUUUACAUCCCCGAGAUCAACUGGAUCUUGAUGAUCCUCUGUUUAGCUGUCACCAUAGGUUUCAGAGACACCAGGCGUUUGGGUAAUGCUUCAGGUUUGGCGGUAAUAACCGUUAUGCUAGUGACAACUUGUCUGAUGUCACUAGUGAUCGUACUCUGCUGGCACAAGAACAUCUUCUUCGCGAUCGCUUUCGUUGUCUUUUUCGGCACGAUCGAGUCUCUCUACUUCUCAGCUUCCCUCAUCAAAUUCCUCGAAGGCGCGUGGGUCCCAAUCGCCCUCUCCUUAUGCUUCCUCGCCGCGAUGUGCACGUGGCACUACGGGACGCUCAAACGGUACGAGUUCGACGUACAAAACAAAGUCUCCGUCAACUGGCUCCUCAGCCUCGGUCAAACCCUCGGGAUCAAACGUGUCCGCGGCAUCGGACUCAUACACACCGAGCUCGUCUCCGGCGUGCCGGCGAUCUUCUCUCAUUUCGUGACCAACCUCCCUGCUUUCCACCAGGUUCUCGUCUUCCUCUGCGUCAAAUCCGUCCCCGUGCCGCACGUGCGGCCCGAGGAACGGUUUCUUGUGGGCCGCGUGGGGCCGAAACAGUUUAGAAUGUACCGUUGCAUCGUGCGGUAUGGGUACCGCGAUGUUCACAAAGACGACAUCGAGUUUGAAGGCGAUCUUGUGUGUAGCAUCGCUGAGUUUGUACGUUCAGAAGCUGAAACCGCUGUCGUGGAGACCAAUGGAGAGGGUGAAAGAAUGUCGGUGGUCGGCACUUGUUCAACGUACAUGCAAGGAAUCGAGGAUCUUGACGGAAGCGAUGUUGAUGAGAUGGAUAAGCCGGGGCCAUCAGAGAUCCUAUCACCGAAGCUGAAGAAGAAGAAGAGUAAGGUCAAGAAGAAAGUGAGGUUUGUGGUGCCGGAGACACCGAAGAUAGAGAAGGAGACGAGAGAGGAGUUGAUGGAGCUAACGGAGGCGCGUGAGGGAGGUGUGGCUUAUAUAAUGGGGAACGCGUAUAUGAGAGCGAAGCAUGGAUCAGGGUUGGUGAAGAGACUCGCUAUUAACGUUGGGUACGAGUUUCUUAGGAGGAACACUAGAGGUCCAAGAACCGCAUUGACCUCGCCUUACGCGUCGACGUUAGAAGUUGGUAUGAUCUACCAUGUCUAAAGAGGGUAUUUUCGUAUUUUGCUUUGUACAUGAUUAAUGAUUUUGUUGUAUGGUAAUUUGCCUGAAUGUGAAUUAGAUUAUAUUACAGAUCGAGAAGUUUUGUU